AUGUCCCUUCGCCCACCGAUGCCCUCCGGGCUUAAUCCUCACCUCAAGGCGACUCUUGAUUCUGGCAAUUUGCCACCCGUAAAGUACCAAAUAUUGAAUUGUCAAGGACAAGACAUUCUCGUGGGCAGAAUGAAGAUAGAGACAUCGACACCGUCAGGGCACGCUUUCAUCCUCAGGCGAUAUGACACUGGCGCAAUUAGCUUGACCACCAUGUUCCGCGCUGCGUUCCCAACCGCCUCUGAGCAAGAAGAGAAGGAAGAGGUAGCCUGGGUGAAGGAUAACUUUGACCUGACUGGCAACAAUGGAUCGUCCCGAGACACUUCAAUCAUUCGUCUGGCGGGCACUUGGGUUUCACCGCAGUUGGCUCUGUCUCUCGCAGAGGCCUACUCAUUAGGUGGUUUCAUUAACGUUGUUGUCAAUGCUAGGCCGGAUCCUACGGCCAACUACAGGCGAUCUGGAAAAGGCGCUGCCGCCGCUCCUCGAGCCACUCCCGCCUCCCCGGCGGGAUCAUCCAUUCCACCACCGCCCAAGGCCCCUCCAUCCCCCGCUCCCAAUCCGGCAAAACGCCGGAAAGAGUCAUCACCGUCUCCAGCUAAAUCUCUAGAGAAGCCACCCACCCUCCGACGAUCUGCUCGCACCAAGAGUCCUGCACCCCAAGUCUCAAUAGCUCCGCCGAAGUCCCCACGGGCAAAGACGCCCAGAAAGAGCACUCGACGAGAGCUUGUCGAUACCCCGGGUGGAUCAGAACAGACGGUGGUAGACGAAGAAGGAGAGAACGUUGAAGAUGUAAUGGGAUCACAGCUUCAUCAACAAGAUGUUGCUGAGCAGAAGGCCUUGAUCGAGGGACUGAAAGCAGAAAGGGGUGCGCUCAAGACCGAGCUGAAGACGGAAAGUGAUAUGGAUGUUGACGUCAAGCCCAAGAGCAAGAGAGGACGGGAAGAAGAGGAGGUGUUGAAGUUUGAACCCAAAGAGCAAGAGACUGAACCCCGAGUCAUCGCUACUAACAGUAGGGUUAGUCGAUGGCAGAUGGAACCCAAGACCAAAUCAGUGGCUUGGGGGGUGGCGGCGUUCUUGUUUGGUGCUGGUGCCGUAACUUUAUUGCCCAAUUUCUUUUGA